AUGCAGUCAGUCGUCUUUGUGACUGGAAAUGCCAACAAACUGCGUGAAGUGCAAGACAUUGUCGGCAAUGCUCUGCCGAUGCUCACUUGUCAUCAACUUGACUUGCCUGAACUGCAGGGCACCACACAGACUGUCUCAAUCCACAAAGCCAAGACUGCUGCUGCUAUACUAAAGACUCCCGUUCUUAUUGAAGACACUAGUCUUGGAUUUGUUGCUCUGAAUGGUCUUCCUGGUCCGUACAUAAAGUGGUUCAUGGAAUCUGUUGGUCAUGUUGGUCUUAAUGCCAUGUUACAUGGCUUUGAUGAUAAGAGUGCUUUCGCACUCUGUACGUUUGCUUACUGCGAACCUGGUCAUGAUCCCAUUCUCUUUGAAGGUCGUACUGAUGGUCUCAUUGUUCAUCCUAGAGGUCCAGCUGGCUUUGGUUGGGAUCCCAUUUUUCAACCUUGCGGAUUCACUACUACUUAUGCUGAGAUGGACAAGGAUCUUAAAAACUCCAUCUCUCAUCGAUACAAGGCUUUGGCCUUGGUGAAAGAGUUCUUUCAAUCUAAAUCAGACCUUGCAUUGCAUUCCUAA